CCCUCCCCCUCCAAUGCUGCCUCAGUCAUGGCAACUGCGGCAUCGCAGCCGCGGUCGGCCGACGAGCCGACCUGCCCCAUCUGCCUGCAGCUGUACACCGACCCGGUGGUGCUGGGCUGCGAGCACCGGUUCUGCCGCUCGUGCCUGGCCGAGUUGGCGGCGGCGGCCGAGCGCUGCCCCGAGUGCGGCCCGCGGGAGCCGGAGCCGGUGCCGGUGCCCUGCAGCUACUGCAGCCGGGCGCAGCAAGCCGCCGUCAAAACCUGCCUCAAAUGCGAGGCGUCCAUGUGCUCGCUGCACCUCAAGCUGCACACGGGCAGCGGCGUCUUCCGCAACCACCCGCUGGUGGACACGGCCGCCGACCUCUCCGCCUGGAAGUGCGCCGAGCACGAAAAGGUGCUCGACGUCUACUGCAGGGACGACCGGGUGUGUGUCUGCACCCUCUGCACGCUCAUCGGCCGCCACCGCGGACACCGCUGCGGCAGCAUCAGCGAGGGGGAGAGGGAGCUGAGGGCUCAGCUGUACCGGCACCUGAAGACCAUCGAGCGGAACACCGCGUCCGUGCAGGCCGCCCUCAGCGAACUUCACACCCAGAAGGUGAACACUCAGAAUCUGAUAGCAGAAACGAAGAGGGAAGUCAAGGAGAAGUAUGAUGAAUUGAGGAAACAUAUUGAAAAUGAAGAGCGGGAUGUUUUCCUGUGUCUGGAUAAGGAGCAGAACCGUGUGAUAACAGAAAUUGACAUUCAAAUCCACAAGCUGGAGAAGGAAAUCAAGUUCUAUGAGAUGUGCCUGGACAAUUUUAAUGACCUCUCACAAAAGAGUGAAAAGCUUUCAUUUAUACAGGGAUUCAGUUCAAUGAUAACCAGGAUCAAGAAUGCAUCAGAACCAUUCAAGUCGCCUCAGCCUCAUCCUUGCCUGGAUAAAAUAAAACUGGAUAGGAUAAAAAAUCACACACAGAAAAACUUCGAGCUUGUCUCCCACGUGAAGAAAGACAGGGAUCGCCUGGUUUCUUUGUAUGGACAACGGCUGACCCCGGAUCUGAACUCGGCCCACGCCCAGUUUAUCCUGUCUGACGGGAACCGAACGGUGUCCCUGGCUGCCAAGAGGCAGCCGGUGGCCCGGAGCACGGAGCGGUUCGACUGCUGCCAGCAGCUGUUGUGCGCCGAGGGGGUGAAGGCGGGCCGCUCCUACUGGGAAGUGGAGGUGACUGGGGACAGCGGGGUCUGGAAGAUCGGGCUUUGCUACAAGACCAUCAGCCGCAAGGGCAAGGGCACCGAGUGUCUGCUGGGCCGCAACUCCAAGUCGUGGUGUCUCUACUCGCUGGUGGGCUCGGUGCUGGCUCUGCACAAUGACAGCGACACCAAGCUGACGGUGGGGAGCAUUUCCAGGGUGGGAGUGUAUGUGGAUUUUGAGGCUGGAACGAUCUUGUUCUACAGCGUGUCGGAUAGGAAACUCACCCUAAUCCACAGCUUCCAGGAAGCGGCAUUCACCGAGCCCCUCUACCCGGCACUACAGAUCGGAGAUUUCACCACAUCUCUGACCCUCUGUUCACUCAAGUGACUUGGCCACGUACAGCGGAACAGCAGCAACCCGCUGUGUCUGGGUCUUGAAAGCGCUUUUUAAUUAGUCUCACCCUCUUUUCCUUCCCCACAGACCUGCGUAUCUUACACCAUCUUUGAUUGAGCUCAUUCUUUUUAUGGUUAGGAUUGAGUGGUGAUUUUACACAUUUCUCGUGCCUGCUUUUUAAAACUUAAAUGCCUUCCCGUACAGUAACUCAUCGAUAGGGCUGAGUGCUUAGCCUCUUUACAACUAAGCAUUCGUUCGGACCAGCAGAACCUCACCUGGCAGCCGAGGCAAGGAGAAUGUCUGGGUCAUUUGUAAGACAUUGGUCUGAGACUGCGGGGGUGACAGGGUUAAGUCUACAUGAGUGGCAGUGGCAGGGUGUGUGUCCUGGCCAUAGCUUGAGCGCUCAUUGCCCCUUUUAGCCCACGUGAUGGCUCAGGGGUUGGAAGAGACCUGGUCGCGCUUACAGUCUUGUCUCCACUCAGUCCGCCAGCUCACCGUUCGGUCAGCAAUGGAUCAGCCAUAACUCCACACCCCCAUUUCCAACGUCCACCUCAGGCGGCUGAUCUCUCAGUUGAUUUUGGCUCUCGGUUUUAACAGAUCGUGACCAGUACGGCAGUCUUUGUCCCGCAAUCUUUAGUUGGCCACUAAAACUUUCUCCCCCUCCUACCCGAGUCACUACUUCCAGCCUUGGACGCCCUGUAGGGAACUGGGACUUUUGUGGACAACCCGUUGGUUGGAAUGAAGGCCUGAUCUUGUUGCUGACUUUCCAGCACAGGAGAGUCCAGCCCCGUGUCCCGUUGCAUUUCACCUGGUUACUCUCUAAUUCCCAGAGGCGCGACUGUUCCUUUCGCUCGAAAACAUUAGACCGUUUUGCUUUGACCUCUCUCGGACCGAUUCAGCUCUCUGUCCCCCGUGAGUUUCUUUAUCUCCUGAGCUGAUGUGCGUGUAGUGGAACCUGUGAACUGAAAUAUGACUGCCAGUGAAACAUUGUGAAACGUUCAGGAAUUCCUUGUAUUACUAAGUGUUUUAUUUUGUUAUGGAAUGGCACGAAUGCCAAUGUAAUUCUUGCUCGUGAACUGGAAGCUGCUAAGAUGUUUAAUAUUUUGGAUUUUGAAAAAUAAAGUGCUGAUA